UAGCUAGUCAAACUCAAAGUGUCCCUAAACAAUAUUGUAGAUUGGUGCUCUAACAAGGAUUUUGCAAUGAGGGCAUUAUUUAUAUUCCUUAGCUUGGUUCUUAUUGCCAUAUUAUUUUGUAUAGAGCCUUUAGAAGGUUCUAGGCAUAAAGUAAGGCCUUAUAAUAAUGACAAGGAGGAAAAGCUCUUGGAAAAUAACCAUCUUGUGACAAAUCUUCCCGGCCAACCGGAGGUCGAUUUUCGACACUAUGCCGGUUAUAUAACGGUUGAUGAAAAAAAAGAGAGGGCCUUGUUCUAUUGGUUUUAUGAGGCCUCAUCUCAUCCUGAUGAGAAGCCGUUGGUAUUGUGGUUGAAUGGAGGUCCAGGGUGUUCCUCUGUUGGUUAUGGAGCAACACAAGAAAUUGGUCCUUUCUUAGUGGACGCCGAUGGUGGUGCUCUUAAAUUUAACCCUUUUGCUUGGAAUAAAGAAGCCAACAUGUUGUUCCUAGAAUCUCCUGUUGGAGUUGGUUUCUCCUAUACGCAUACAACUAGUGAUUUUGAUAAUCUUGGGGAUGUUUUUACUGCAAACGAUUCUUAUGAAUUUCUCCAAAAGUGGUUCCUCAAGUUUCCAACAUAUAGAAAUCGUUCAUUUUACAUUGCAGGGGAGAGCUAUGCAGGUAAAUAUGUCCCAGAGUUGGCUGAGCUCAUUCAUGACAGAAACUAUAACUCUUCUAUUUACAUUGACCUAAAGGGCAUUUUGAUGGGAAAUCCCGAAACAUCAGAUCCCGAUGAUUGGAGAGGGUUAGUGGACUACGCUUGGAGUCACGCUGUUGUGUCGGACGAAACACACAAAAUCAUACGAGAGACUUGUGAUUUCAACAGCGAUAACACUUGGAACAACCCCGAUUGUAGCCAAGGUGUCGACGAGGUCCUAAAACAGUACAAAGAGAUUGAUAUUUACAGCUUGUACACAGCAGUUUGCAUGGCAAAAUCUACCAAAAAUAAUUCAGGGUCAAUGGAAGUCAUGUUCAAAGCUAGCUCCAAAAUGAUGCCAAGAAUCAUGGGUGGUUAUGAUCCUUGCUUGGAUGAUUAUGCAAGAAGUUACUAUAAUAGACCAGACGUUCAAAAGGCUCUUCAUGUAAGUGAUGGUGUUCAGCUAAAGAAUUGGAGCAUAUGCAACUUCACAAUAUUUAGCAACUGGGCAGACUCAAAGCCAUCAGUACUUCCCAUUUACAAGAAACUAAUUUCUGCUGGACUUAGAAUAUGGGUCUAUAGUGGAGAUACAGAUGGAAGAGUUCCCGUGUUGUCUACAAGAUACAGCUUAAAUGCUCUUGGAUUACCCAUCACAAAACCUUGGAGGCCAUGGUACCAUGAAAAACAGGUGAGUGGAUGGUAUCAAGAGUAUACGGGUCUAACGUUCGCUACAUUCAGAGGAGCCGGCCAUGCUGUGCCUAUAUUCAAACCGAGCAGCUCACUCGCGUUGUUUACACAUUUUCUUGAAGCAGAAUCCCUUCCAUCAGCCCGCUAAAUAUAAUGCAUGAUAAGAUUACAAUGAAUAAUACUGGUAUAAGUUGAAUAAGUCAAUUUUGUAACAAAAGUUUUGCGGUCUAAUAUUGCCAAAAUAAAGGCCUUUGAUCUAACUAAGCUAGUUUGUAUGUAGCUUAUAAGGUGGGAGAUUGGGAGUUGUCUAAGAUAAUAUUCCAAGUGUUUACUAGUCUUACCGUAGCAAAUAUAAUUGACGCAAUAAUAAUGUCUAAUUAGCAUUGUUUUAACAAUUUGUAUAAUGCAAUCAUAGACUUAAUUAGGUCGUAAGACCAAGUAUUACAUGAACUGUUUGGCAAUAAGUUGAUGAUUUUAGUAUUACACAAGUUUUGAAGCUUGUUA